CUCCUCCGCCCUCUGAGUCUCGCCUCAACCCCGGGUGCGCGCGGCGGGCAUGUGCCCGGUGCCCACUCCCCGCCCUGGAUUCCACUUCCCCUCCGCAUCGCGCCACAGCGGGCAACCUCCAGGCCCCGCGCCGCCUCCGGAGCCGAUGGCCGGGACGCGCCUGGGUGCUAGGGGCGUUGCUCCGGGCUGCGGCUGCAACUGCAGCAGCUGCCGGCGGACGGGCGCCGCCUGCCUGCCCUUCUACUCGGCCGCCGGCACCUUCCCGUCCGGCGUCUCUGGCCGCCGCCGCCUGCUGUUGCUCCUCGGGGCCGCCGCGGCCGCCGCUUCGCAGACGCGGGGCCUGCAGCUCGGGCCUGCGGCCGCCGGGAGACUGGCGGGUCCCGUCCCUGCCCGACACUCCGCCGCCGCGGCCGCCGCCGGCUCCUACUCCGCCCUGCGCACCCCGCUGCUUCCGCGGUCGCUGGCGGCCGCCGCGGGCCCGGCGCGGGGUUACAGCCAGGAGUCCAAAACUACCUAUCUGGAAGACCUCCCGCCACUACCUGAGUACGACCUGAGCCCAUCCAAGCUAGGAGAGGUGGAUGAUGUCUACCUCAUCCGAGCUCAGGGACUGCCUUGGUCCUGCACUGUGGAGGACGUUCUCAACUUUUUCUCAGACUGCAGAAUCAGAAACAGUGAGAAUGGAAUACAUUUCCUCCUAAAUAGAGAUGGGAAACGGAGGGGCGAUGCCUUAAUUGAGAUGGAGUCCGAGCAGGAUGUGCAGAAGGCCUUAGAAAAGCACCGGAUGUACAUGGGGCAGCGCUAUGUGGAAGUGUAUGAAAUAAACAACGAAGAUGUGGAUGCCUUAAUGAAGAGCCUGCAGGUCAAGCCUUCGCCUGCGCUCAGUGAUGGUGUGGUCCGUCUGAGAGGACUUCCGUACAGCUGCAAUGAAAAGGACAUUGUGGACUUCUUUGCAGGACUGAACAUAGUGGACAUUACUUUUGUGAUGGACUAUAGAGGGAGAAGAAAAACAGGGGAGGCCUAUGUACAGUUUGAAGAACCAGAAAUGGCCAACCAAGCGCUCCUGAAGCACAGGGAAGAGAUUGGUAACCGAUACAUAGAGAUAUUUCCAAGUAGAAGGAAUGAAGUUCGAACACACGUUGGAUCUCAUAAAGGAAAAAAAAUGUCGUCUUCUCCUACUGCUAAAUAUAUAACUGAGCCAGAAGUGGUCUUUGAGGAACAUGAAGUAAAUGAGGGUACUCGGCCUAUGACAGCUUUUGAAAGUGAUAAAGAGAUAGAAUUGCCUAAGGAGAUGUCAGAAAAACUUCCAGAGGCUGUUGAUUUUGGAACUAUGCCUUCCCUGCAUUUUGUCCACAUGAGAGGAUUGCCUUUCCAAGCCAAUGCCCAAGACAUUAUAAAUUUCUUUGCUCCACUGAAGCCUGUGAGGAUCACCAUGGAGUACAGCUCCAGUGGGAAGGCCACUGGAGAAGCUGACGUGCACUUUGAUACCCACGAGGAUGCUGUUGCAGCCAUGCUCAAGGAUCGGUCCCAUGUUCAACAUAGGUAUAUUGAGCUGUUCCUAAAUUCAUGUCCUAAAGGAAAAUAAGACUUCAACAGACCCCAGAAAAUAAGGAUGAAGCAGGAAGCAUCUCAUUUGCACAUCUCUCUGGGACGUGGGAUAAAAAGAUCCAGUUGAUUGGCAACAACUGCUGGAGAAAGGAUCUGUGGAUCUUAGUGCUUUGUUUAUACCGAGAAAGAUUCCGUUUGGGAUUAUGAGAUAAGCUACAAACUUAAAACUCUGUUUAAACAGUCCAGCCCAGGGUGUGAUUGGGAAAGUCUGGUCUAUGUGAUUUAGUUUUCUGUCCUGGAGGACAUCUUACAGGUGUAAGAUGAUGUCGCCCUCCAUCCAGUGCUGCCCCUCGGAUCCUUACUCCCGCCCGCUUGUUGUUGCCUAUGAUUGAGAGCUCUGAUAUAAAACUCAUGGAAUAAAUUAAUGGUGUAUUUUUACCCAACACUCACCAAAGCAACAGAAGGUUUCAGAACUUUAAUAAGCCAGUCUGAUUUGGUCAAAUAGUGUUUCAUUUUAUCUUUAUUUGAUUACUUAGGUAUAGAAGUUUUAAAUACUAGCAAACCACAGGUUAGUGAGUGUAAGUGGUCACUCGGCAGUUACGUCUGGUCUGUAGAAACACUUUGCCUCCCUAAGCCUUGACCUGAAGGCAUUUGAUGGGGCCUGUCUGUCUGUGGUCUUCACUUUUUUUUUUUUUUUUGACAAAUCUUAAGGCUAUUAGGUUUGAAAUCGUUACAUGACAUAUCAAAGCAGUCCAGACUGGUAAGGACAUUAAUAGCUUCACUUGGAUUGAACCAGCUCUAGAUAGGGGAAAAACCUACUCUAAGUCUCCUCAUGUGCUUUUCCAGUGGGGUAGCCAUCCAUCUUUUAGAACAAGUAGGGGUGCCUUGCUUACAUAAAUAAACUAGCUUUUAAUGUAAAAUUGUGUGAAGGGUCUAUGGAUAGAGCUCUAUUUCUGUCACAUUGUGGCAGUACCUUCUGCUUUAAUACUAAAUAGCUUGUUAUUUAAAUACUGGACAAAAUGGCUGGCUUCAAAAAUAGUCAUUAAUAAACUUAACUUUAUGUAUUCCUGUGUAGAAGAAUCAAAGUCCUGUAUAUUUUCUUUAUCUUGUUCCUAUUCUCAGGGUGACAGCUGCCACCAAGAGAUAAUAAAUCUCACUCUUCAGAUUGAAUUUUCUGAGCUUCCAGAGGUGGUAACCUGGAAGAGACAUGUAUUGCUCAGUACACAGCCACCUGUGAUUACCAGCUAAGGGGCAAAAUUACUGUCCUGUGGACAAUAAAUGAGGGUUUGUUUCAAGCUGGAGAUGACCUGAGAGUGUUUGUUACUAGAAUGUACGAGUCAAUUAUCAAGUCCUGGUGUAUUAAUAUGAGAAGAGAUGGUUUCCAGGUAUGUUUUUUAAAAAAUGAGUAAAAGAGUGGCUUAGGGUUGGGUGUGGAAGCAUGUCAGCUUUUAAUCCCCACACAGUGGAGGCAGAGGUGGGCAAAUCUCUGUGUAAGUUUGAGGCCAGAAUGAUCCACGUGUUGAGUUUGGGCUAACUAGGGCUAUGUAGUGAGACUGUAUCUCAAAAACAAAACAAGCCGUGGCUUAACAACACACCACUUAGAGACGUUUUCACAAGGAGUUGACAUGAGAGGUGGUGUCUAGAGUUCUGGCUGUAUCAGGGUGUGAGCUCUAUCGUCCACAGCUGGUCUCUGUUGGCUGUGGGAAAGAUCUGUAAGAGUGUUGGCAUUAAGUGCUCUGCUCUGGGUAAGCUUGAAGGGAUGUAUAAUGCCUCUCUGGAGGCUGAGUUCUCUGUUCAAAGCAAAGUUGUAACACUGGGAAAUUAUGAACUGACAUUCUGUUUUCAGGAUUUCUCAUAACUUAGGCCACUGAGUUAGUAAUUGCUGAUAGGUGUAGUUACUGGAAAAGAAACACAUAAUUGAAUAAAAGUUCAUUUAUAAUUGUAGCACUCAAAAAGGUGAGGCAGGAGGAUUACAAAUUAGAGUUCAGUGUGAGCUAUGUAAGAGAAAUCUUGUACCCUAAACUCCUAACUUGAAAAAGAAAAAACACGAAACAGGAUUAGGGUGUAUGGCAGGUGCCUGUGGUCUUCGGCUCUGCCUGACAGAGGAGCUGCAAGGGAGGAAACCGGAAGCAAGUGAUGGAAGAGACUGAAGCCCAGUGCUUGUCCCGCUGUGGCAGAAAUGCUGAGGCUUCUGCCACGUGGAAAGGGACAUAGUCCUGACAGCUGCACUGUGGGGAGAGGGGAAGGCGUGUAAGCCACCAUGUGGGUGACAGGGCCAUGACCCUCCCUACUGGUCAGCACAGUGGUCAUUCCUGUUAGCAUCCUCUGCCCUCAGCAGCGUCGGCAGGGUUCAUCUGCAGUCUUUUAUUCUACUUGGUAUUCUAUCCUAUAAUUUAAUACACUAUUUAAAUUUGUGAGUCUAUCAUCACACUCACUAUUCAUCAUAGUAUGAAGUUCAGGUUCCACAGGCUUUGGCAAUAGGACUUCUCUGAUGUAUAAAUACCGAUUUUAGAUGAGAAAGUAUUUUUAUAAGCUAGGUAGGGAAUAAAGUGACUAUAAACUACA